GACGGGAAGUCUGAAACGAAAGCGCCCUGUAUCUCUCGCAUGUGUUUUCCAUCCUCGUAUCCGCUCUGGCUCUCUGCAUAUCAAGUGAGAAUUACUUAUGCCUGACUGCUCGUCCUUUUUCGUACUUUGUAGAUCAAUUCAACCCUAUCUGCAGCCAUGGAUCUCACGGUGCAGUUGUCGUUCGAGUCUGAUAGACUGCUGGUUGUGUGAUGAAUUUUCUAGUGGAUUGUCUUCGCCUCAAUCCCAUCCGAUUUCUGGCUGCAAGGUAGUCCUCCGUAUGAUAACAAUCGACUCUACAUGGACGAAACACAUGAUAACAAAUAAUUUUACUCGCAGAGAACGUGCGUCUUAACAGUGUACUACGUGUAUGCAUAUCGAGAAGUUCGGGUUGUGCGGCGACGACGGCGGUGGAGCCCCGUCCUUAGGUUGCCGGAUAUGCUGCUUGAUGUCCUUGAUCGCUUCUAGGCCCGCGCAGGCAUGGCCUCCUCAUGUAGUUGUUUCAGCUUUUCAGCUGCUGCUUCACUGGAAGGCCUCCACUUCAUUGAAACAGGACAACUAUUCAAACUCUCGGAACAGCAUAGAUGGCAGCCAUCUACGGAAUCGUGGAUGUGAAGGUGGUACAGCAUAUGAGGCCCUGCUCUACAUCAAAAGGAAUGGAGGGAUUGUGUUUUCAGAGCACUACCCAUACAUAGGAAAGCAGUGUGUUCCCAAGAAAUUGACUGCGCCUGGCUUGAUGAUAGAUGACGCUGCGAACUACACAAGCAUUUCAGAACAUGUUCUGAAGUGGCAGGUGGCUCAGUAGCCUGUCUGUGCAACAAUCGGGGCAGAUGUCGAGUUCUAUGCAGAUGUAGAGGUAUUUUCCUCUCUGAAAGAUUAGAAUUCCACGUUUGUACAUUUUCUUUUCUCACAUGCC